CCCCAGAGCACUUCCACUCAGAUGGGCGAAAAAGCCCUCGGGGGAGAAGUUUGAGUGAAAUUUAUUGGCAAAGAUUAAAUUCAAUAAGUGAAGAAUUGAACUGUAAAUUAUUUUACAAUGACAGACAAAUAAAUUGUGAUAAACUUUAUAUAUAUAAGCAACAACAGAGGCUCAAGAGAGUGAAAGUGUGAAAAACUUGGAAGGGGUGGUGGAAGACGAACGAGAAAAUCAUUGAAUUUUCCACAUUUACCACCGUGAGGAAAAUCUUUGUAUAGUGCAAGGAAAAGGAGCGCAAAAACACUGGUGAGGCCAAAGAAAACUCAAGGCGGAAGUGAGUGGCUCUUUUCAUGCACUAUAGUUUUCUUCCUCAGCACGCACACCACAUAUAGUUGAGAAAAAGAAUAAAGGGAGAAUGGUGGCAAAAACAUAGCAUCAUCAAUAGAAUUUGCAACUUGGAAUUCAAUAUUACAAGUUUGGUACUGUGUAAAGAACUAUAAAACGGAAAUAAGAACAAGAGGGGUGCACAUUGGAGAAAAUACAAUUUCUUGUUCUUGUUUGUUGUUCCAACAUACAUGGAAUAGCAAGAAAAAUUCUUCAGUCGAAAAUUUCCCCAAUGAAGGGAGCAGCCAAGGGGGACACAUCACAACUGAAGAUAACACCAUCAGGAUAUACAGUGCAUUGAAAUCAUUUUUGAAAAAAUCUCUUUGGAAGUUAUAAAGAAGUGCCUCAAGGAGGAAACUGACAAAAAUUAUUUUCAAAUAAGUCCUUUUACAUGUAACCCCACACCAAAUUGAGCUACAACUCCCAGAGAUAAUACUCCUAUAAGAGGGUAAAAGAGUCGAAGAAGUAAAAACCAAACCCCACAAAAGUGGGGUGGCACAGUGUACAACGAAAUUAUUAAUUGUGGCUUUCCGGAUGGUGAAUCAUCAUCCCUUUUUGUGACUCGUUCUGGCUUUUUUCCUCCGCAGCACCAAAAACUUGUGUAUACUGUUUGUGGCUCAUCCGCCGCCCGUUUGGAGGGAAAAGUUUGCCGCAGGACGAUACAGAGACCACAAUUUUCUGCCGUGUUGUUUUUCACCUCAUCCCCUCAAAGAACUCCACUCAAAGAUCCACCCAGCAUUCGCCACUCCGGCAAACAAAAAAAAAAAGAAAGCGCGCGAGUGGAAAGAAAAGUGCGUAGGUCUGAGAAGGAAGUGAGUUCGCGAUACCUUUCCCAUUUUAAACCACCCCCAAUGGAUUCUUCUCACCCACAGCAAGAGAGGAAUAUUAUAAACUUUUUAGCAUAAUCGUCUGUGAAUUUCCUUUUCUCAUCCCGUGUAUCCCCCUCAUGGACUUUUUGCACGGUGUCAUUUCAUCACCGAGUGCAAAGUGGUGGUGAAAAAUACAAAGUGACAACAAUUAAAUUUAUUUCAAUUCACUUUUUUAUUUUUAUUUUAAUCUCUCUCUCCAGAGUCUCUGAAAUGGAAGAGAAUCUCAUAGGAGAAUCAGGACAAAAGUGAAUAUUCCAUCGUUUCUAUACAAGCAUAAAUGAAUUGAAAUAACAGAAAUCAAUGGGAUUUCCACUUUUAUAAUAUGACAGUGUGAGAGAAAAGUGAAGAAAGCAACUUCCUCGAAGGAAUUAUUCGUGCAUUAAUAAUGAAAAUUUCACUGUUUUUCCACUCUCAGUGUGAUUUUCUUCUGCUUUUCGUGGAACAGUGAAAGCAUAUCAAGUAGUACUGAAGUCAAAGAAAAAUACCAACCACCGCAGCUACCCAGGUGUACACAUACAAUACCAAAGGGAUUGUAGAAGAUUUUUUUCUUUCCUUCAAAUAAUUCGUCAGGGAAUCAACAUUUGAAAGGGAUUUCCCAUCUAACAAAGCACACUACCAGGAGAGAAAGACAAUGAUAUUGAAAAUGGAAUAUGUGGAAAUUUCAUCAGAGAUUUUCAAUUAAAUUGCAUUUUUCACUAUACCAUAUUAUAUAUAUAUAAUAUAUACGUAAAUAAGUAGAGUGAAAGCAAGUGGAAGGUAUUAGGGGUAAAGAAGUGUGUGAGCUGUUUAAAUAAAUGGAAUCAAAAGGUGGAUUUAUCCUAUUCAUUUCCUACUAUUUACUCAUGCUCAACCUCUAUCGAUAUGCAAAUGGAUUCAGUUGGAAUAGCGAUGUGUGUCGUUGGAAAAACAAUGAGACACUAAUUUGUGAUAUUCGCACACACAACAUUACCCAAGACGACACCUCACCACCAUCCAAAUCAUCCCCAGAGAUUUGGAUAGGAAUUAGAAGUCUCGAAAUUAACUGCCGAUGGCACAAUAUAAGUGAUUUUAGGGAUUUUUCUACUCAUGCACAACAAAUCAGGGAGAUUAGGGUGAAAAAUUGUCACCACUGGAAACUUCCUAAGAAUCUCGAAGCACUCACUAUACUCAAUGCAUCUGCAAAUCACAUUGCAGAUGUAGAACCUCUCAAUACCCUGAUAUCACUCCAAUUGUUAGAUUUAUCCAAUAAUGCCAUUGAAGUUCUACCACCUGAAUCGUUGGAUCUAAAGAUGCUCAAUGUGCUAAAUAUGUCCAACAAUCAACUCAUCACCAUUCCCCUGAAUUCAUUCAAGUGGACCCGUCGACUCCACUGCAUCAAUUUGCAUUCCAAUCGCCUGGAAAGCCUCCCAGUCGGAGUCUUUGGAUGGUUGGAAGUACUCGAUACACUCGAUUUAUCCCACAAUCAUCUCGACUCACUCACUUUCCUCAAUGGUGGUGGUCUUCAGAAUCUCAGAGAACUCCACCUUAGUCACAAUCGCCUUACCACUCUCACGCGGUACUUUACCACCCUGCAGCAUCUGGAAGUGCUGGAUCUGGAGGGGAAUGCAAUUGUACAGGUGUCUGAGGACACAUUCAAUGGACUGGGACACCUGAGAAUGCUCAUACUAGCAUCAAAUAAACUCACUCAACUCCCACCAAGAAUCUUCCACCCACUGCACAGCAUUCAACAUCUCUACAUGGAGUCCAAUCGAUUAACCACUCUGCCCGACAAAGUCUUCUCUGAUUGCUGCCGCAAGCUCAUUGACCUCAAUCUCAGUGAAAAUGACUUUUCUUCCGUGCCACGUGGCAUUGAUACCCUCCACGAACUGAAAUCCUUGGAUCUCGGUGGGAAUCGCAUUAGAAUAAUCAAUGGAAGUCAAUUGGUGGGUUUGACCCAACUUCUAGGUUUACGUCUCGUGGACAAUCAUAUUGAGAAUAUCAAUGGGGAUUCAUUUAGACACCUGCACAGCCUCAGAGUAAUUAACUUAGCCUCAAAUGCAAUUCACUAUCUUGCCGAAGAUGCCUUUGUGGCCAAUACAGACUUGAGAGUGAUAAGGCUGGAUAACAAUCACAUUUCCAACAUUCCGCCACUACUUCUUCUACCAUUGGAGUCCCUUGUGUGGCUCAAUUUGUCCACCAACCACCUCUCAACGCUCAAUUUUGCCGCUCUCCCACCACAACUAGAAUGGCUAGAUGCCACCAUUAAUAAUUUGGACUAUUUGGAGAAUUCUGGCAGCAAUUUGCACUUAUCGCUUCGCCACAUUAAUUUGGCCGGCAAUAAAUUACCAUCCAUGUUUCCGGAAGUCAUACCAAAUGGUGUUGAGAGUCUCCACCUUGGCAAUAAUUCAAUUGUGCAGCUCGAGAGGAAUGUCUUCCAUGGCAAGAGUCAUCUAACUCAUAUUGAUCUCUCACACAAUCACCUUCACUAUCUCGACUCAUCAAUCUUUCCACCCAGGAUGAUUGUUUCUCUAGCUGGGAAUCCCUUCCCAUGUGACUGUUCCAUUCAGUGGCUCCUGCAAGCCACCACCACUGUCAAUCUACCCUUUUGGAUUGACGAUCUACAGGCUGUAACAUGUGUCUAUCCUCUAGUCAAGAGAAGUACCCAGCGCUUCCCACUUUACUCCCUCCAGCAGAAAAAUCUCAUUUGCAAAUAUCGCGAAAAAUGUGAUGAUUUCUGCCAUUGCUGUGACUUUGAGGCAUGUGACUGUAACAAUUACUGCCCCGAAAGAUGUGAAUGUUUCUUUGAGGUUCGCGCCGACGGUGCUACACGCUCAAAUGUCGUUGACUGUGGUCAUGGGAAUUUCACAGAAAUGCCAGAUAGAAUUCCUAUGGGUGCUACAACAAUUUACUUAGACGGAAAUAGUGUCAGUGAUGUAGGAAGUUUUGGUUUCAUCGGGAAGAAACACCUAGAGGUACUCUAUCUCAACGGGACAAGUAUUCACACAAUCCACAAUGCCACAUUCAGUGGAUUGACCCAAUUGCGUCACCUCCAUCUCCAAUUUAAUCAGAUAGAGUCCCUACAUGGUAACGAAUUUCAUCCCUUGGUGAAUUUGCAACGUCUCUAUUUGCACAAUAAUCGCAUCGGCAGCAUUGCUAAUGCCACAUUUAGUCACAUGACACACCUCAAGGAGCUCACAUUGGCCCACAAUGGUAUCACGACCAUGGCACUUCUGCAGCUCCUAUCACCCCUCAUCAGCCGCCGCAUCCUGAGGGACGUGUACGUGGGCAACAUCUUCAGCUGCGAUUGUACCACUCUCGCCAAGAUGGUCACACCACCCCCACGUGAUAUGGUAUGUCAGUCAGCAGAGGGUGGUACAAAACCCAUCACAGAUGUCUGUGCCCACCUUCCAAUCUUUCUUUUGCCACCCAACCGCAUGAAUUAUGUGAUUGGCGGUGACUAUCUCUCUAUUGUGGCUGCAACACUCGUGUCAACUCUCUCUAUUGUUGUCCUCAUCAUCGUAAUCUUCAUCUUCAGGCGCAACCUCCUGCUGAUUCUCUUCACAAAGUGCGGCAUCAGGUGCCACACGGGUGACCCAUCUAGCGAUCGCGACUGCACCAAACUCUAUGAUGCCUUUGUCUUCUGCUCAAGUCGCGAUGCUGAUUUUGUGGAUAGAUUUGUGGUGGCUCAAAUGGAGCAUAUUGGCUUCUCUGUCUACCUCGCCCCUUCACAAAACACCCUCCAUGUAGCCCUCGACAUUGCCACCAAAUUAAUCGUCAUUGUCAGCAGCACUUUCCUCCAGCUCGAGUGGAAGAGCACCAAUUUCCGCACAAUACUCACAUCACCCAACACCUGGCACGGUGUCAUUCUCAUUAUUGCUGUACCCUUGGAACUUCUCACCGCAGAUCCAGAUCUCAUGAAACUCGUGAAGCAUACGACAGUACUGUUUCUGGGUGAGAAGCGUUUCUGGGACAAGCUCAAGUAUGCCAUGCCACCACGUGAAGGCAUACAAAAAUCACUGACGGUGCGAAAUACCCUCACAUGUGCCCCCUCGGACUCCACAUCAACAUCUACAAGUGGCAUUGCCAAGAGAAGCAGCAGUCACAUCUACACCACAAUCCUGGCAGAUGAAGUGACAACGAGACAGGCGUAUUUUGUCUAAGUCUCACGCAAUCUUCAUUUUUUUCCAAGAUUUUUUAUAUAUAUAUAUAUAUAUUAUAUAUACACGUCAAUUUUAUCGCGCAAUUCUGUACAUUUUUAUCUCAUUUUUUUCAUGUCUCCCUUAUAUCUUGCGUUAUAGUUAAUACUUCUUUGCUAAUCUUGUUCAAUAUAGUCGAAACAAAACUCAUAUUUACGAUGAAAAUUGAAUUUUGAACAGGCAAAAAUUGUAUAACGAUCAUUAAAGAUAUGACAAAAAAAAAAGAAAAUAUACUA